GUCAGCCUUUCAAGCUGGACCCUAAGAUGGCUCACAAGAAGUUGAAGAUCUCCAAUGACGGGCUGCAGAUGGAAAAGGACGAGAGCUCCUUGAAGAAGAGCCACACACCCGAGAGGUUCAGCGGGACGGGAUGCUAUGGAGCCGCAGGCAACGUGUUCCUCGACAGUGGCUGCCACUACUGGGAGGUGGUGGUAGGAUCCUCAACCUGGUACGCCAUCGGUGUCGCCUACAAGUCAGCCCCCAAGAACGAAUGGAUCGGGAAGAACUCCUCGUCCUGGGUCUUCUCCCGCUGCAACAACAACUUUGUGGUGAGACACAACAACAAGGAGAUGCUGGUGGAGGUCCACCCACAGAUGAAGCGUCUCGGCGUCCUCUUGGAUUAUGACAACAAUGCGCUGUCCUUCUAUGACCCAGCCAACUCCCUCCACCUCCACACAUUUGAAGUUUCCUUCAUCCUACCAGUGUGUCCAACGUUCACCAUCUGGAACAAAUCUUUGAUGAUCCUCUCGGGUCUACCUGCUCCAGACUUCAUAGAUUACCCAGAACAACAGGAGUGUAACUGCAGGCCGCAGGAGUCCCCGUAUGUCUCAGGGAUGAAAGCCUGUCACUAGGCUGGGGCCAGCCCUGCCUGUGCCCCACAGCCCGACAUGGGGAUGCUGACG